AAGAGAAGACACAAGAAUAACUAACCUUAACAGCGAAGAGAACCUAACUUUUACACGCGUGUUUGUUUAUAAACUGUGAAUAUUCUAACAAAAUGCAACAAUAAUGCCUUUAAAAAAUAAAGUUAAAUCAAGUUCGGUUCGAAACGUUUCUAGGAAACAACUGAGAAAAGAUAAACGGAAAGAGAAAAAAGUGAAGCGUAAUGAUUACUUCAGCAAAUUCAAGAAAUCUGUUUCUUCUGGGGAACUAGACUCUGCAGAAGAACUAUCAGAUAAAGGUGGCAAGUCUACGCGUAAAAAACAGGCAGCAAGCGAACGAAAACCACCUAAAGUUCUUGAUGGCAAUAAGACUUUUACCAUAGAGGAAAUUUAUAGAAAGGAAAAGCGGGAGCAACAAAAAAUGGAGAAAGGUAUGUCCAAGCAAAGAAAGCAACAAUUGCUCCAAGCCAAUGCAGCAGAAGAUCAUACGAUUCGGAAGCUAGAGAAGCAAUUGAAACUGAACAAGAAGAAGACCAAAGCAAUACCAAAAUCAUUUUCCGAAGAUGGUCUAGAUUAUUUAUUAGAAGUUUGUGAUUCGGAUUAUCUCAAAAAAGCUGCAUCUGCUGCCCCAGAUGGAAAUGAUAAUUUUGAAGAGGAUUUUGCUCUUAUAACGGGAAAGAAUUUAACAAGCCAAAAAUCUCUCACUGAUGAUGGUUCAGCUGAUGAGUCGGAAUUUGAAGACUUUUUAAAUCAAGACGACGAUGAAUCGGAAAGCAACGAGGAUCAAGAUAUGGAAGAGGAUGAUGAUAGUUUUGAUGACAGUAGUAGUUUGGAAACCGAUGGACAUAUUGCUAAUAACAAAUCUAAAGUAAUGAUGAAGAAGCAACCGAAAGAUAGUGAGUCUGAUGUAGAAUCCGACUUUAUUUCUGAAAUCGAUGACAACUCUGAUGCGGGGGAGGCCGCAAACAUAACUACACAAAACAAAGCCAAAAGGAAACUUGAAAGAUUGGGUGAUGAAAAAAAACAUAAUAAAAAACCAAAAUUGGGUUUUCCCGUUGAAACACCAAGGGACAAGAGUGGAGAAUUGUCUGAUUCGGACAUUGAUAGUGAUUCAGAGAAUCUGAUAACUUCUAAAGCGAGGGAAGAUGUAUGGGAAGAUAUUUACGGGAGAUUAAGGUCCAGCGAUGGAUCAGUACUUGAGAAUAAAUCGAAUAAAUAUAUUCCGCCAGCAAUUCGGGCUAAAAUGGAAGCCAGUGGAUCAGAUGAUAAAAAGCAUAAAGAAAAAAUCGAUAGGCUUAAAAAACAACUCAAAGGUCUAUUAAACAGAUUAGCUGAAAGCAACAUGAACAGUAUAGCAAGUCAAAUUGAGACAUUGUACAUGAGUAAUAGUCGAAAUGACAUGAGUGAAACUCUCACGUCAUUAAUUAUUACUUCGUUAAUUGACACAGUUUCUACCCCAGAAAGACUGCUAAUUGAACAUAUUUUGCUGAUUGCAAUAUUGCAUGCUAAUGUUGGUACUGAAGUGGGUGCUCAUUUUCUUCAGAAUGUAGCUCAAAAAUUUGAUUUUCAUUUAAACUCUUCUGAUGAUGUACAGAACAAGUCAUUAGACAAUACUGUGAAUGUCUUGGCGCAACUUUACAACUUUAAGGUAUUUGACGCCAAACUACUGUAUGAAAUUUUACAUAAAUUGGCUGAGAACUUCGAAGAAAAGAAUGUGGAAUGCAUUCUCCACAUUUUGCGUAGUGUAGGAUUUGGACUUAGAAAAGACGAUCCGUUGGCUUUGAAAACCCUAAUAUUGGAAUUGCAAAAGCAAGCUGCUAGCGCUAGUAAAGGAAAAGUGAGCAAUUCAAGGGUGAAAUUUUUAUUGGAUAUUUUGCUGGCGAUAAAAAAUAAUAAUGUUACCAAGAUUCCCAACUAUGACGUUGCGGACUCGGAACACAUGAAAAAACUGAUGAAAGGAUUUAUUCGCAAAGGAAAUUAUAUUAGUCCUCUCAACAUAUCACUGGAAGAUUUACUAAACGCUGAACAAAGAGGUAAAUGGUGGGUGGUAGGUUCAGCAUGGACUGGCAAAACUGAAACGAUAAACAAAAAAGAAGAGUCGCUCAAAACUGACGGGUUUUCAAGUAAAUUACUAAAAAUGGCAAAGCAACAAAGAAUGAAUACCGACACCAGAAGAGACGUAUUUUGUAUUAUUAUGUCGGCAGAAGAUUAUUUGGAUGCUUUCGAAAAACUUUUAAGACUGGGGCUUAAAAACCAACAAGAACGAGAAAUCGUUCAUGUUAUUAUCCAUUGCUGUUUGCAGGAAAAAACGUUUAAUGCAUUUUAUGCAGUUUUGGCACAAAAGUUUUGCGAGUAUGAUAGACGAUUUCAGAUGACUAUAAAAUGCGCAGUAUGGGAUAAACUGAAUGCCCUAAGCAGUCAUUCUGGGCUACAAUUAUCUAACUUAGCAAAGUUUCUCAUCCAUUUGUUUAUUCAAAAGGGACUGCCUAUAUCAACAUUGAAGAAUAUCGAAUUUAGUGACUUGGACAAAGUUUCCUUAAGACUAAUACGACAAAUUUUAUUAGGUAUUUUAAUGCACUCCGAUGUGGAAGCUGUGCAAGGCGUUUUUACGAAUGUAGCCAUGUCAGAUAAGCUGAAAAUGUUUAGAAAAAGCAUGCGCUUAUUCAUUCAUCAUUUUCUACUGCGAAAUUUGAAAGAAGGUGCUGUUCCAGAGCAAGAAAAGCACCUGUUAGAAACUAGAGCUAAGAUGGUAGAGAAAAUUCUAACUGUUAAAGAAUCGAAAUCUAGUUGGUAGUAAGUAUUUGACAAGUUUGAAGAAUAAUUGUUAAACUCCGGGAAAAUAAAAAUUGUUUCUUAGCAA